GGCCGGAUAGUAGCUUUGGAAAACUGCUCCGCCACACAGAAGUUGCCGCCCAAGCUCCUCUCAACAAACAACACACACCGUCAGCCGUUUUUUAGCCGUUUGUUGUGUCGUCCAUCUUCCUCCAACUUCGCUUAAUUUUGUUUGUAGUUGUUUGUCGCACACAGCUGACAACAACACCGCAACAUACUCGCUCACUCACCCACACACACAGACAUACGCACACAAACGCAGAGAGCGAAAUAAAAGCAAGAGAGCAAGAGCGAUAGAGAGAGAGAACAGCUGUGUGAGCUAUCGAAUUGCCUUGCCCUGAGUUUGCCUUCAGUUGAGUUGAGUUGAGUUGGGUUGAGUUGAGUCGAGUCGAGUGUUGAGAGUGUUGAGUGCAGUUUGAUUCUUAUUGAGCGGAGGGCCCAACGUCAAUUGCGGCUGAGCUUGUGUCGUUCAGUCAAGCAGCGGCCGCCGCACGCAACACAGCAGCUCCACUCGAAUACGCACGGAGACGGAACGACGCUAGCAGCAGCAUUAGCCAUUACACACAUUCACACUCACUCACUUACAUACAGAAAUACCAACACAUCUUUGUAGUACUUUAAUUAAAUUCGCAACAACUACAACUACACAAAAACUUUCAAGUGCUGUGCGUAAUUUUAAAGAGCAAAAGAAAAAGAAAAAAAGGAACACACACAUAGAAAGAGAGAGAGCAAACACGAAGCGGGCGGCAGUUUCGGCUUUUUUUAGAAUGUAUUAAAACAAAUUUAAAUGUUUAACUAGAAUAACAAAUUUAGUUGUUGAUACUUUUUGCAAUUAUUUGUUAAACGAGAGGAGAACACAACAACAUUAAAAGGAGACACGGCGAGAGGAGGAGGACAAAGCUUCAGUCAGAAAAUUGUGUGCCGUAAAAAUCAACAAAAGUAAUAAAACAAAAAAUAAAAAUAAUACAUAAUAAAAACGUGAAAUAAUCAAAUGCAAGCAGAGUAAUAAAUUAAUAAAUAAAACACACUCACAACACACGUACACACAAAAAUCAAAUCAAAUUCUUGUGAUUAAAGUGCAUUUCUAAUACAUAUAUACAUAGUUAUAUACACAAACAUACACACACAGAGCAACACAUAUGCAACUAUCCAUAAAACGCAACGAAAAAUCAACAUCAACCGUAAAGCAAAGCUAAGAAAUAAUCCCAAUCAAAAAACCGCUGCACAAAAACAACCCACAACAAUUUCCAAUUGGAGAAAGACGAGUGAGAUAAUUCCAAUUUGAUUUACUGCGCUCUCCGUCCGCGCUAUGAAGAUGGAAGUGCUCUCAGUACAAAAUCAUAUUCAGGGACAAUUUGGUGUCAUUGGUACAACAAAAGUAAAAGACUGGACGAGUCCGCUGACUGCACCAGCACCGUUAACGGCUUCAGCAACGGGCGUCGCAGCUACUGCGCCGCCAACAUCAGCAGUAGCAGCAGCUGCUGCAGCCGAGGUGAACGUGGCUGACGUGGAUAUUGGUGACGUUGAUGUUGUGGAUGGACAUCCAGCAUCGGUGCUGCACAUGCGUCAGCAUCAACAUUACGCGCUCAAUCCGACGCGACCUCGCCUCUCUUCCUCGGCAUCAACAUCAUCGACAACAUCCUCAGGAGCAGCGGUAUCGACGGCCAAGCCUCCAGCUUCGCCACUGGCCUUUGAUGGGGUCAGCAGCGCUGCCGCCUAUAUGUCGAAUGUAUUGCAGGCAGCUCCGCCGGCGCCGCCACCCACGCUGCCCGCCUCCCCAAUGCAGUCGACGGCGGCGUCGCGCUUCGGCGCCAUUGACAAUCUGGACGAUGUAAAUCCAGGCGCUGUGCAGGAGCUUUCGCAGCGACUGCAGACAAAACUGCGCGAUGCAAAGAGUCGCCAUCUCGCUUGCACCGAGGUGACGCUGCCUAACGAUCUCACCCAACGCAUUGCAGCCGAAAUAAUACGCAUGUCGGAGCGAGAGCCGUGCGGAGAGCGAGCUUGCACUAUUUUCAUUGAGUUCGAGAGCGAGCCAGACAACGCUAGGCGCAUUGCUUCGUUCAAGGUUGAUCCGGACACUGUGUCCAUUUUCGAGCUUUAUUUGACGCUGAAGCAGGACAAAAGCGGCUGGACCUCGCUACUGCCUCAGUUUAUCAAAAAUCUUACACGCAGCAAUACGAUUAUGAUCAGUCCCGAUUUCACCUUGACCAAGAAUAAGCUUUACUCGUCCGAGUAGAAAUACAGAACAGCUAACAAACGAACAUAUGAGGCAUGCAGAUGGAAGGCGUGGACGUGGGGGCGUGUGAGCGCUGCUUUAACUCAUUACACAAUCCCUCCGAAUAAAAUGAUGAUUAAGAAGAACACUCAACGAAGAAGCAUAAAGAUGAAGAGCAGCUGUAAACUUUUGGUGAGCUUUCACGUCGGCGUCUGCUACGUAUUCAUACAAAAUAAAACAAAAACAAACCCAUAAAGAGGCAAACUUUGGACCACAAUUCAACUACUCCAGCAAAAAAAAAAAAAACAAACAAAUAACAAAACAACUACAACUACAACUACAACAACCAACAACAAUUAUGUAUUUUGAGACCUAAAGAAAAAGGGGAAAAACAAAACAAAAACAACAAACAAAUCAACUGCAGUUGCAGGCAACUCAAAACUCUUAUUGGACUGACUUUUUGGCUUAUAAAAAAAGAAACUUUUGAAAAAAAACAAAAACUAAACUAAAAACAAAUAUUGAAAAUAUUAUAAACAAAAUUUCACUCAGUGAACGGUUGCCGGUUAUCCGUUAUUUUUUUUUUAACAAAACACAAAAAUGCAAAGAGCAUAAGAAAAAGAAAAAUAUGAGAAAACCAGCGAAAAAUGUAAGAGGAAAAAAACAAAAGAGUAUUAAUCGAAAUAAGCUAUGUAUGAGUAUGUAUGUGUAUAUCGAAAGAAAUACAAGAUACACUUACGGAAUACGGAUAUGGAUAACGGAUACGGAUACAACAAAUUCUCUAUAAUGUGGUAGUUGAUAUAUAUAUGCAUACAUGUAAGUGUAUGUAUGUUUUUCUUCGCGAUCUUAUUAGGCUAUAAAAGCUCUUUAUAUAUAUACCUACAUAUAUUGAUAAAUAUAUAUAUAUAUGAGGAAUCAAACAAUAAGCAAAGCAAGAGUAGAACCGAGAAGUUAAAGAAGAAGAGUUGCAAAGGAAAAAAUUAUAUAUAUAAAACAAAAGAAAUAAAAAACAAAGUUGAUGUGAUAUUAUAUAAUAAUUAUGAAUAUUAAAAGAAAACACACACACACACACACACACCACACCACACACACUCAAACAACACACAUACAUAAAUACUUAAAAAUUGAUUUCGUAUUACCCACAAGUCUCAAACAAAAAAAUGUAAGCAAGAAAAGGAGAGAAUUACCUUAUAACUAAGUUCUGUUCCCAUAUUUGAUGAUUUUCUAUAUCUAUAAUAUUAUCAUAAUCAAUGUAUUCUCUUUAAUUUUGCCACCUACCCAAAUAUUUCUUUCUUGUGCAGAGUUCCAAACUCUGUUUCUAUAUAGAUAUAUACAAUAUAUAUAUAUGAAAUAUUUAUAAUAAUUGAUGUGUUUCUAGCUUAAGAUUUUAAUAUUAAAAGAAAACAAAAAAAGAAAAAAACCACAAACAAAACAACAAACAACAACAGAGAAUUCAAUGUGUGUAGCUGUGUAUUUAAAUGUAGAUUAAAAAACAACAACAAAUAAGGAAACCUAACAAUUGGCAUACAUUAAUCAAUAACAAUAUGCAUACAUAUAAAUAAUGUUUAAUACAGUGAGGCAGCUAAUUGUAUUUUUGAGUAAAGAAAAAAACAAAACGAAAAGAAACAAAAGAAAAAGAAUUGAAAGAAUUGGGCAACUGUUUGGAAAAAAUCUAUAAAGUCAUCUGUGUUAAUAAAUUUUAAAAUAAUUUAUAGCGUAGAUUAACUAACAACAAAAACAAAUUUAAAAUUAAAAAACAAAUUAUUAAAGAAAGAACAAGAAGAGGCAAAAAAGAAGAAAAAAGAACCGUUGUACAAUUUUGAUAGCGCUGCAAAAUAUUUCAAGAAUUCAAUCGAAAGCUACAAGUAUUUCACACACGCAUUUAAGCUAGACUUUAAUUAAUAAUUUAUACACACACACAAAUACAGACACAAACAAAACAAUCCCCCCUACAAAAAGAUCUCGAAAAAUACAAAAAAAAAAAAAAAAAUAAUAAAGUAAAAUAAA